GAGUCGCGAUUGGUCGGCUGUAGACGGGACCUUUCCGGUGUCCAGGUGUGGGUUCUUUGGCUGAAAGAAGAAAAUGGAGCGGUGCACGGCGGCCCGUGCUUGGUCUCUCUUAUGGCUGCUGCUACCCUUGCUUGGCUCGGUCUGCGCCAGCGGCCCCCGCACUUUAGUGUUGCUGGAUAACCUCAACUUGCGGGAGACGCACUCGCUUUUCUUCCGGAGCCUGAAAGAUCGGGGCUUUGAACUCACAUUCAAGACCGCCGAUGACCCCAGCCUGUCCCUCAUUAAGUACGGGGAGUUCCUCUAUGAUAAUCUCAUCAUCUUCUCCCCCUCGGUAGAAGAUUUUGGAGGCAACAUCAAUGUGGAGACCAUCAGUGCAUUUAUCGAUGGGGGAGGCAGUGUCCUGGUAGCUGCCAGUUCAGACAUAGGUGACCCUCUCCGAGAGCUGGGCAGUGAGUGUGGGAUCGAGUUUGAUGAGGAGAAAACAGCUGUCAUCGACCAUCACAACUAUGAUGUCUCAGACCUCGGCCAGCACACGCUCAUCGUGGCUGACACUGAGAACCUGCUGAAGGCCCCAACCAUUGUUGGGAAAUCGUCUCUAAAUCCCAUCCUCUUUCGAGGAGUUGGGAUGGUGGCGGAUCCCGACAAUCCUUUGGUCCUGGACAUCCUGACGGGCUCGUCUACCUCUUACUCCUUCUUCCCAGAUAAACCCAUUACCCAGUACCCCCAUGCGGUGGGGAAGAACACCCUGCUGAUUGCCGGGCUUCAGGCCAGGAACAACGCCCGGGUCGUCUUCAGCGGCUCCCUUGACUUCUUCAGCGAUGCCUUCUUCAACUCUGCAGUGCAGAAGGCCACACCUGGUGCCCAGAGGUACUCCCAGACAGGCAACUAUGAGCUAGCUGUGGCCCUGUCCCGCUGGGUGUUCAAGGAGGAGGGUGUUCUCCGUGUAGGACCUGUGUCCCAUCAUCGGGUGGGCGAGACAGCCCCACCCAAUGCCUACACAGUCACUGAUUUAGUGGAGUACAGCAUCGUGAUUGAGCAGCUCUCCAAUGGCAGGUGGGUCCCUUUUGAUGGUGACGACAUUCAGCUGGAGUUUGUUCGCAUAGAUCCUUUCGUGAGGACCUUCUUGAAGAGGAAAGGUGGCAAAUACAGCGUCCAGUUUAAGUUGCCCGACGUGUAUGGUGUGUUCCAGUUUAAAGUGGAUUACAACCGACUGGGCUACACCCACCUGUACUCUUCCACUCAGGUGUCAGUGAGGCCACUCCAGCACACCCAGUAUGAGCGAUUCAUCCCCUCGGCCUAUCCUUACUAUGCUAGUGCCUUCUCCAUGAUGGCGGGGCUCUUCAUCUUCAGCAUCGUCUUCUUACACAUGAAGGAGAAGGAGAAGUCUGACUGAGGGGCCAGAGCCCGGGACUCUGCAGCGGAGAGCGGAGGGUUUUUACCAGGGCGGGUUGGUGAUCUCGUUUUGUUUGUUUUGUUCUGAAGCCGUGGGAAACGGCACAGCCUUACCUCAGUCGGGGGUGCAGCGUUGAGUACCAGGGGGAGGGGCCAGGGAAUCAUUUUUUAUGCAUUUUUUCCACCUUGAAUUGUGGUGUUUUUCAUAUGUGCAGUCACUCCCAUUUCUAAAAUAAAGAGAACUGUUGCCCCCACA